UUUAAUUUUGAGAUACAUGCUGGCAGUUUAUAUGCCCAACAUCCACAGUCAAUAAAUAUACUCUUCAAAAGAAGUAGGGGAUAUUAAAAUGCAAAUACCUAUGCAGGUUGUGAUAUGAUAAAUAGUCAUGGACACUUGACAUGCUUUGAGAGUAUGUUCACAGAUGAAGAACUUAUGCCCCAACAGAACCACUGAGCUGCAAGUGUGACACACAAUAUAGCGCCAUGCUCGUGGGAGGGUUUCAUUGUCAAAUUUGACACUUCAAGGAAGAGUUGAUGAAAACUGUCGCUUGCUGGUUUAUCCUAUCCUAUCGGUUCUUGCUAACUGAAGAUGUCAGAUGAUAAAUCUAUAGAUAUUGUGGUAGUUGGUAGUUCAAUUAUAGAUUUAAUCAGUUACACACAAAGGCAACCUAAGCCAGGGGAAACAAUAAAAGGAAACAAGUUUUGUAAGGGGUUUGGUGGAAAAGGAGCUAAUCAAUGUGUUAUGGCUAGAUAUAUGGGAGCUGAGUGUGUUAUGGUAUCAAAGCUAGGUAAAGAUGAUUUUGGUAAUGAAUAUAUGAAGAACUUUAACGAUAUUGGAAUGAUUACAGAUUAUGUAAAACAGACACCUGAAGCAUCAACAGCAACAGCUGCUAUAACAGUUAGUCAAGAUGGACAGAAUUGUAUAGUUAUUGUUACUGGGGCAUGUGAUUUAAUAUCAGAAGCUGAUGUUCAAGCUGCAGAAUCAGUUAUUCAAAAAUCUAAAGUGAUGAUUUGUCAGUUAGAAAUAUCUGUCAAUAUUUCUCUUUUUGCUAUGAAGAUGGCCAAGAAACAUGGAGUAAAGACGAUAUUUAACUCCGCACCAGCAGAAUGUGAUAUAGAUCCUGAAUUUUAUACAGUCUGUGAUAUAUUUUGUGCAAAUGAAACAGAGGCUGAAAUAUUGACAGGAUUAAAUGUUGUAAGUCUUGAUGAUGGUAAGAAAGCAGUAACUGCCUUGUUAGAUAAAGGUUGUUCAACUGUUAUAUUAACAUUUGGUGAACAUGGGUCAUUAUAUGCAACAGCUAAUGAUAGAAAUGUUAUUCAUGUACCUUCAUUUCCAGUUGUUCCUGUUGAUACAACAGGAGCAGGGGAUGCGUUUUUAGGUAGUUUAGCUUACUACCUGGCUUGUCAAUCAGAUAUACCAAUUUUAGAAGCUAUUAAAAGAUCAAAUAGAGUGGCAGCCAUAACUGUACAGUAUCCAGGAACUCAAUUAAGUUAUAAAAAUAGAAAUGAACUUCCACAAGAAUUGUUUGAAUAGUUAACCUAAUAACAAAUGCAUCUUAAGAUACAGGGUUGUGAAUCAAAGAGGUUAAUUUAACAUCUGCUUUACAUAGUUUAGUCUUCUGACUAUGGUGAAGAAUUCUUCCAUCAAGUGAUUUGGACUAUCUUUUAUGUGCAAAGAUUCAUCUGAUCUAAUAUAGACUGCAUAUGAAUAUCAUGAAUUAUAUGUAAUGGGUCAUAAUUUGAUGUUAGGGAGGGGGAUAUGUAUAGAAAUGAAUACAAGCUUUUUAAAGAUAGAAGUAAAGGCUGUCAGUUAGCUAAUUACAUCAUUACACAGUACUCUUUAAACAUACAUUAUGCAAGAGCUAAAUCUGCAUAUUGCAGGUCUUUCUUUAGGCCUGAAAUAUUAUAUAAACUAUUAAUUAGACAUUUAUUAACAUGAAAAGACCUUAAUCAACUCUCAAGGCCAUCUGAUAUGUCGAAUUUUCACUGGAUUUGAAUCCCAUCUGCUGCUCAACGCUCAUUGAUGAUUAAAUCAAAAAAUGAAUAAUCGAGACUAUGUUUUUUUUUUUAUCAUACCGACUUUAGGAAUGACGAUCGUGGCUAAGCCUAACAUUCAAUCGCUAAUAUCUUGGUGUAGAGUGGAACAAUUUGACUGAAAUUUUCAGUAUAUUCCCUUUACAUUAUGUAGUUUUUAUACGCCCACAUUGAAAUGUGAUUGUAUAUUGUCGUCGCGUCCGUACGUCCCUCCGGCGUCCACAAUUGCUUGUGGAUGCUAUAGAGGCUAAAGUUAAUAACCGAUUGAAUUUAAAUUUAUACAUAGUGUUUCUGAUAAUUACCUAUUGAGUCAUUACUCUUAAUCAGAUUUUAGUGUAUUAUAAAUGUUUCAUUACCGACAAAAGUAAAAAUAUGCGACAACUCUUGUUGACGGUCCGGACGAUUUACCUGCUGUGGGCGUAUAUUUCGUUGCCUGGCAACCUAUCUUUAACUGUUAUAGUGAGAACUGCCAGCUCUUUAUCUAUUCUUCCAUAAUGCCCCUUUCAUUGAUUUUUAUAUUUUAUAUUUUUAUAGAACGUAAAAUAUAUUAAAAUUAAUACAACUGAUGAUUGGUCGCAUUUAGUGCAUUAAUUUCUUGCCCCCAUUAAGUUUGUGAAUUAUAUAGUUAUGAUGAUCUCCAUUGUAUACUUAUGAGUUGUAACAGUCAAGCAAUGUUCUAAUAUAGUAUUUAAGUAUCACCUUUUAGUUGAUUUGAAUAUUAUCUCAAGCUGAAUUUGUAUUAGCCUUUGAUUAACAUCUGACAACCUUUACUGGAUGGGUUUAUUCAUUGACUCUAGCAAUCUAUAUUUAGAUAAUUAGUUUAAUCUAUUUAAAAUAUAAUUAUACGUUUUAAGAAUAUAUAUUUUAUUCUGUAGAAACCAUACUAUUAUUCUCCAUUUUCUAGUUUAUAAGUAUAACACAUUUUGGGGUCAUAUUUGUAUUACAUUAUUAUUUUAAUUAUUAUCAAGUAACUUAUUGAUUUGUGAAUAUUUUACUUCUAUUGUGAUCAUAGUUGAUUAGAAACGAAUGAAGUCAUAAAUCAUGUUAAAUCAUAAUUAUUAAUUCAAUCCUCCAGGCAUAUUACUGGCUUUAAAGAAAUAUAUUUUUAUAAAAAUUAAAUUAAAUUUGAGAACAUGAAAUAUUUUAUUUAAUAAAACUGUCACUGAAAAAAUUAUAUACAAGUAUCUUAAAUAGUGAUAUAAUAGUAUAUAAACUAGAAAAAGUUCCAUCAGAUGCUCCAGAGUUUGUUUGUUCGUUCCUUAUCUGCUUCCACUUUGGGUGAUAUCACAGACAAGUGUUUCCUGAGAAACCAAGCUGAUUUGGACCAUGGCUGAUUCGGACCACGUCCGAUUCGGACCAAAUUUUAGGCUUAUUCGGACCACCACUAGGCUGAUUCGGACCACUAUAAGGCUGAUUUGAACCACACGAUAAUAUAUCAUCAAAUUACAAAGUUUGUACGCGGGAAUGUAUCUUUAAACCAAUUUAUGUUAAUUUCAAUAAGUCAUACAAAUUUGAAAACUAAUACUAGCAAUACAGUAGCAUUACGGAAAUCCGAAUCCAUUAUAUAUACUCUUAAAAAAGUAGGGGAUAUUGAAAUGCAAAUACCUAUGCAGGUUGCGAUAUGAUAAAUAGCCAUGGACAUUUGACAUGUUUUGAGAGUAUGUUCACGGAUGAAGAACUUAUCGCCCCAACAGAACCACUGAGCUGCACAUGCGACAUGCAAUAUCGCCAUACACGUAUGAGGGGUUCAUUGUCAAAUUUGACACUUCAAGGAAGGGUUGAUGAAAACUGCCGCGUACUGGUUUAUCUAUCCAUGUUUGCUUUCCUAUCGGUUCUUGCAUAAGAUUUACUGUUUAGCGUAUCUUUGCUUUUAGUGUGUUACUUUUAAUUUGAUCGGGAGACGUGUUCGUCAACAUCAACCGACAACACUGCAAGAAUUGGCCGUGGCACUGCAAGAGGAGUGGGUCAAAAUGCCCCAAAUCGUGAUUGGACGGUUGAUUAAGGAGCAUGCCACGACGAAUUGCUUAAUGUCUGAGAAUUGGUGGAGCAAUUACUCAUUAUUAAGACAAAAAUCAAAAACGUCCAUUUUUUACUUUUGACGGUAUAUCUUUUUGCGAGUGAAAUGGGGCCGUCAGAUAAGCCGCCCAUAUGAACUGUUUAUGUUCAUGUGUAGGCAAUUGGCCUGUUAUUAACAUACACUGGUUACCUCUAAUAAAAGCAGCAGUGCAUUUCCGUAGUUUUGUAUUGUUUCUGAAUAUCCCCUACUUUUUUUGAAGAAUAUUGUGUGUAAUUAUAUGUUAUAGAAAUACUGUUUAAACUAAUUUAUGUUAAUUUCAAAUUUGAAAACUAAUACUAGCAAUACAGUAGCAUAACGGAAUUCCAAAUCCAUUAUAUAUAUAUAUAUUGUGUGUAAUUAUUUGUUAAAAAAAUACUGUUUAAACAUAUUUAUGUUAAUUUCAAUAAGUCAUACAAAUUUGAAAACCAAUACCUGCAAUGAGGUAUAUAAAAGCAAUCAAAAUGUUUAUCCUACCUUGUUCAGAAAAUAAACAUAAAAGAGUUAUAUACUCAAUUUUAACACAAGUCAACAGGUAGCAUUGUGGAAAAUGUACUAUAUUACUAGAUGAAAAUUACUCAGAUCUUACUGACAGCCACAAUUAUGAAUUUGUGUGAUUGGAUCUGAUUGUUUAUUGGAUUACUAGGCUUGUCAUGAAUUAGCAAUAAAUGGUGUGAUUACUCUGAGAAGUAGUAAUAGUGUUUUUUAUACGCCCACAUUGAAAUGUGGUCGUAUAUUGUUGUCACCCCGUCCGUCCGUCCGUCGGUCGGUCGGUCCGGCGUCCACAAUUGCUUGUGGCCGCUGUAUAGGCUAAAGUUAAUAUCCGAUUGACUUUAAAUUUAUACACAGUGUUUAAGGUCAUGAGACGAAGAAGCCUAUUGAUUUUCAGCGAUUUUCGUAUAAUUACUGCCAGAGUUAUGCCCCUUGAUCAAAAGUCUUGUGGACGCUCUAGUGGCUAAAGUUAUCACCCGAUUGACUUCAGAUUGAUACAAAGAGUUUAAGGUUUUGAGACGAACAAGUUUUUUGAUUUUCAAUGAAUCUUUAUGACUUGAACAGCUAAAUCCAUGAUGUUAAAAGUUUUAUAUACUAAACGUUAGCAUGGGGCAGAACUUUUUUAUAAAAACCAAACAAAUUCUAUUUGUUUUCUGAUAAUUACUUAAUGAGUUGUUAUUCUUAAUCAGAUUUUAAUGUAUUAUAAAUGUUUCAUUACGGAAAAAAGUAAAAAUAUGCGACAAUUCUUGUUGACUGCCCGGACGAUAUAGCUGCUGUGGGCGUGUGUUUCGUUGCCUGGCAACCUAUCUUUAUAGGUUUAGGCAUAGAUUUCUAAUGACUUUGGUCAAUUUGUAUGAAUAUCGCAACAAAUCUAACUGCACCAAAGGUGUUUUAUCAAGGACCAGCAGGCUUUUUUUGACGCGUAGGUGUUAAAUCUAAUUUACCGUGCGAUUUCUUGUUCGACCGUAUGUUUUACGCAGAUCGGUCUUUGUUAAGUGUAGGUCUUACUCUUUAUACAUGGAUUUAUACGUGCUGUAGUUACAACUUACAUAUGGACGUUCUUAUACGUAUUUCAUUUCUCGAUGAAUACUACGUGUUUUAUACUUCGUACCAUAGUCAGGCUGCAGUUAUUUAUAUAUUUGUCUUUUUGUGGGUUUAAUUUGUUUACAUAUUAUCGAACGUACCACUGAACUAUAAAUGUACGAGAGAGAGAGAGAGAGAGAGAGAGAGAGAGAGAGAGAAGAAAAAUGGGGUUUAAC